CCAAGUGAACCAAGUGUUUAUCAAUUAUCAUAACUUGAUUCGACUUUAUAUUCCUAAUUGCAUUUUAUUGGGAUUUUAUUUCUAGGUAAUUCACCUCGUUCUAGCCAGGAAUGAGUGGACGGCCAAGGGGAUAAGGUAAAUCUUUGCCUGAACAAGUCACUGAAAUUCAAGACUUGAGGAUGGCAUCAGGUUCUGCCAGACAUCCUGUAUUCAGGGAAUGUGUGGAGAGACACUUCAAGACUUGGUCUUCACUUCAGCUUGCCUUGCGAGAAGUUAUGCCUGGUCCCAUUGGAUUAGAGUUCUUCUCCUGGCUCAUAGAUUCAACAGAAACCUUCUUUUAUGAGAAUGCGGACCUAUACCCGGACGAAGUGACCGACUUUCUGGCGGAGAUUCUGAACACGGAGCUGGACACGUGGAUCCAGGACGGCUCUCUGGAGCUGGUGUGCGGCGCCCUGUGCAGCGGCUUCCGCGCCUGUGCCGCCGGCAGGGCCGAGGAGGUGACUGCCGAGCUGGCCAAGCUGCCGGCGCCCGCCGACCUCAGUGGACAUAGACAGGCCCCAGCUGUGAACCCUGACGACGACGAUGAGUCCCCUGCGGCGCCGGUGACACCAGGGCCGUCCCGACCCGCCGCGCGCGACCCUCCACAGUCUGAGUCAAUGCAAACAGACGAGGAUGGCUGGACGGUGGCCCGGAAACGACGGUAGCGCUGCCCGGCGGACUCUAGGAAGGUAAGCUUUCGGCCCUGCCGCCGGAUGGCGCUGUUUAUCACCCUGUGAGGGAGAUAUCUUCUGGGAACAGGGAAGGUCGCCGUUCGGCUCGGAUGGCCAGAGGUGGUCAGCGGCGUCAGGCUUCAGUGGAUUCGUGGCGUCGUCACCGAACUGUUACAAAAGUACUGAAGCACCAAAUGACUUCAGCAAACGUGCGGGCGAGCGGUGACCGUUGCGUCAACGCGCGUGCGGCUCGUACUUUCAUCGUGAAGCGAGUGCCGGGGACAGAUUGUUCUCGAUGCGGUUGGUAAUCGUGUUUGGAUUGCCUUUGAUGUGAAACGUGACUUGCUUGUUGGUGCCCUCUGAAUGCUGUGUUUGUCGUGUGCCGGGUACAUUGAGAUGCACGCGUGCGUGCGAUGUUGGCGUUGCAAUGCUUGAAAUAGGGCCCGUGUUGUAAUAUUC